AUGGCUCUGAAGCUUGGUUUUGCUAGAGUUUUCUGCGCAUUAUUAUCUCUAUUGGUAUCCUUUCCCAGAGCUCAUAAUGCCAAGAUUUUCAAUGUAAGAAAUUAUGGUGCUAUUACCGAUGGCCGAACAGACAACAGAAAGGCUUUUUUGAAAGCAUGGAACGAAGCUUGCAAUCAGAAAGGAAUUUCGACGGUUUAUAUCCCUAAAGGAGUUUACAUGUUGGGAACAGUGGAAUUUUCAGGUCCAUGCAAAGGUCCAAUAACGUUUUUGAUGACUGGAGAUUUAAUGGCUCCAACAGGACCUUCUUUUGGUACAGAGAAAUGGAUAGCUUUUCGAUAUGUAAAUAAGUUGAUAGUGAAAGGAGGUGGAACAUUGGAUGGUCAAGGAGCCUCUGCUUGGCCUUUCAAUGAUUGUGACAAGAACACUAAUUGCAAGUCUCUUCCUAUUUCAAUAAGAUUCGACUUUGUGACAAAUUCUAGGAUUAAGUACAUAAGAUCAGUCAACAGCAAAAAUGCUCAUAUCACUUUGUUCGCAUGCAAGAAGGUAAAUGUAUCAAAAAUUGAAUUAUCAGCUCCAGCUGACAGCCCCAACACAGAUGGAAUCAAGAUAGGAAGCUCGACUGACAUCCGAAUUUCGAGCUCUAAAAUAAGCACCGGCGAUGAUUGCAUUGCCAUCCUCUCCGGAAGCACAAACAUCGACAUCUCCUACGUUUAUUGUGGCCCUGGACAUGGAAUCAGCGUAGGAAGCCUUGGCAAGUUCCGGGGUGAAGACAAUGUGAAGGGCUUGGUUGUAAGGCGUUGUACUUUCAGUGGAACAGACAAUGGUGUUAGAAUAAAGACCUGGGAAUCUCCCUGGAGAAGCACUGCUUCCAAUUUCAUAUUUGAAGACAUUUUCAUGGACAAAGUUCGCAAUCCAAUCAUUGUUGAUCAGACAUAUUGCCCACAUACGCCAUGCAAUCAGCGGACAGCCUCCCAUGUCCAAAUUGAAGAUGUCACAUACAGAAAUAUAUGGGGCACAUCAAGUUCACAAAUUGCAGUUUCUAUGCAAUGCAGCAAAAACUUCCCAUGCAAAAACAUAGUGAUGAAGGACAUCAAUUUGGCUAAUCUUGGACGUGAAGGACCUUUAAAAUCUUGGUGCUCAUACGUCAAUGGCCGUGUCUAUGGCCGACAAAAUCCUCCCCCUUGCUUUUAG